GCACUUAUUUGAGGCUCAACUGCCAGAAACAAGGAAGAUACAUGGGUUUUCUUGGGGUAUAACUUUCUUAUAACAGAGCAAAGUUCUUACAUUUGCAAGUUGCCACUUCCCUGUCUCAAAUCUUUUCCCGCUUUGGUCGUUUACCUUUACCAUGAACAAGAAAAUCUUUUUGCUCAUAAUCUUGUUCCAAAUCUUUGGCUUAGUUUUAUCAUCAAGCCUCCAAAAAUAUGAGUCGAUAUUUAACUUUGGUGACUCCCUUAGUGACACUGGGAAUUUCCUUCUCUCCGGUGCCCUUGCAUUUCCAGUCAUUGGACGGCUACCUUACGGUGAGACCUUCUUUCAACACGCAACAGGCCGAUGCUCUGACGGACGUCUUAUCAUUGAUUUUAUUGCUGAGGCAUUUAGUUUGCCCUAUUUGCCACCUUACCUAGCAGUAACAGAAGGCCAGAGUUCUGAACAUGGAGUAAACUUUGCAUUUGCUGGGGCCACUGCACUUGAUGCAGAGUUUUUCUACGAACGAAACAUCGGAUCAAUCUUAUGGACAAAUAAUUCCUUGAAUGUUCAGCUUGGUUGGUUCAGGAAGCUGAAGUCCACCCUUUGCUCCAAUAAACAAGCCUGUGAUGACUUCUUCGGAAAAUCACUUUUUCUGGUGGGGGAGAUUGGUGGAAAUGACUAUAAUUACGCCUUCUUUCUUGGUGGAGGCAUUAAACAGCUCCAAGCUACAGUACCUCUGGUCGUUGGAGUAAUUACUAAUGCUACCAGUGCAUUGAUAGAGGAAGGUGCAGUCGAGUUAAUGGUGCCAGGGAACUUGCCCAUUGGUUGCUCCGCGGUUUACUUGACCUUGUUUCAAAGCCCUAACAAGGCAGACUAUGACCGCCAUGGUUGCUUGAAGGAAUUCAAUGCUUUCGCCAGGUAUCACAAUGAUCAGCUCAAACAAGCCCUGACUAUGUUGAGACAAAAGUAUCCCCAUGUCAGGAUUAUUUAUGCUGAUUACUACGGUGCGGCAAUGCGUUUCGUUCAUACCCCACUACAUCACGGAUUUUAUGGUGGGAUUCUAAGAGCAUGUUGUGGAGGUGGUGGUCCUUACAAUUUCAAUAACUCAGCUAGGUGCGGUCACACUGGAUCUGAAGUAUGUCAAAAUCCAUCUCUUUACUCCCAAUGGGAUGGAAUUCAUCUAACCGAGGCAGCCUAUCGUUAUAUAGCCUUGGCUUUAAUUAAUGGCUCUUAUUCUACACCUCCCCUCAUACCCUCUGCCCUUUGAAUGGAAAAUUUCCCAUACAAUAAAUGCUCAAGGGUUUGAUUUAGAUGUUGGUUAGAGAACAAGGAUCCAUUUACGUGUAAAUUUACUUGGUUUAAUUUGCUCUACAAAAUUAGUCUCAUUUUGGAAAUCACGGGGGAACAAAACUGUAUUUUAGUUAAUUAAUCUACUAGUUGAUAUGGGUUUAUUAAAAUAUGAAAAUUUAGUUUAA